AUGCCUCCACGUAGGGUACCUACUCGCAGUAACCCGCAAGGACCCGAGGACAUACAAGGCCAGAUUAACACCUUACGGGACACCAUUACCCAGAUGCAGACUAAUGCAGGGGAAAUGUUUCAGAAUAUUUUGAAUGAAAUCAGGCGCCACCCUCACAACGCGACCAAUAAUAAUAACGUCGCAAGUGGCUUAGGCACUGGAGGAGCCGGUAGUGGUGGACCCCAACCGCUGCCAGAACAUGGAGCGGCUGGCCGAAAUAAUCAAGAUCUGUUGCUGACGUUUAGGAAGCACAAGCCGCCCUCCUUUCAAGGAGGACACGAUCCAAUAGUAGCUGUGCAGUGGCUACAAGCCAUGGACAAAAUAUUCAGAGCGGUUCAAUGCACCGAUGAUCAAAAGGUGCUGUUCUCAGUGUAUAUGUUCAAAGGAGACGCCCAUCAUUGGUGGGCUAAUGCGUCCCAACCCUUGGUGAUGCAAAAUGUGGCAAUUUCGUGGGCCAUGUUCGAAGAAAUGUUCUUGGAGAAGUAUUUCCCGAUGUCAAUCCGGGUUAGCAAGCAAGGCGAGAUUGAUCGACUCGUGCAAGGAAGCAUGACGGUGGAUCAGUAUCAUGCUAAAUUCAACGAACUACUCCGACUGGCAACUUACCGAGGAACUAUGCCCAUGCCAGACUUUCUGGCAACAAAAUUUCAAAGGGGUUUAUCCGCUAGGAUUGCGGAACUGGUAGCUGGCAACGACCCCUGUGACCUAGCCCCCCUGGUGAACAGAUGUAGAAAGGUGGAAGCAAUAGGAUUGCAAGCAAGGAAGCCUGCAGAGACCAGCGGAUCUGGAACCAAAGCUCCGAUGGCUAAGAAUGGACAAUGGAGAGGAAAAUGCGGAGGCAGACCGUGGAAGCCUAGGCAUGAUGGUAACAAGUUCAAGAGGCCCGGGAAUCCUCGAGGAAAUGGAAACAGGGCUCCUAAUUGCCCCAAAUGUAAGAAGGCCCAUUUCGGCAACUGUUUGAAUGGGUCGACACAAUGUUACAAGUGCGGCCAAGAAGGACACUUCAUCAAAGAUUGUCCACAAUGGGGAGAACAACAGACAGCCGCUGAGGCGCCAAGAGUGGGCAGAGUUUAUACGUUGGAUCAACAUGUGGCGGACCAGGCGGCCGAACUAGUUAAAGGUACGAUCAAUAUAUGUGAUGAAGAACUAUCUGUUUUAUUUGACUCUGGUGCGACCAAUUCCUUCAUUGCUGAUUAUGUGGGAAAAGCCUUUAACCUAACUAUGAGCCCAAUGCAAUCCCCUAUGCAAGUCACCUCUGCGACGGGGGAAGUGACAGUGUCUCACUUCAUGUGUAGAAGUGUAGAAUUCAGAUACAAAGGAAAGAAGUACAACCAAGACUUCAUAAUCCUCCCCUUAGCCAAACUGAACCUGAUUUUGGGAAUGGAUUGGCUGGCCAAACAACACGUACUAAUUGAUUGUAGCAGCCGAAGUAUAAUAGUCGGCGGGGACAUGAUGGGGACUCCACUCCCCAAUACUCCACCAGUCGAAUCAGGAGAUUGCACUUUCAUGCUAAUAGCCGGUCUAGUAGGUGCGAGCGAGAUACCGUUGAUGAACAUUCCCGUGGUCAAAGAAUUCGAGGAUGUAUUUCCUGACGACAUUACCACCUUUCCCCCUGAAAGGGAAGUGGAGUUUUCUAUUGAACUUAUUCUCGGGACUGGACCAAUCUCAAUUGCACCCUACCGUAUGUCUCCCCUUGAAUUGGUAGAAUUGAAGAAGCAAUUAGAAGACCUGCUAGGGAAGAAUUUAAUCUGA